CUUGUCUACAAGCGCAGUACCCAGUCUUCUCCUCCUUCCCCUCAUUGCCACCUCUCUUGACCUUAUCGAUCCUUAAUUUCUUUGUUUUCAUCCCAUUCCUAUCACUUUCCUCUCUCCCUUAUCUUAUCAAGCUUCCCUUCAUUCGCUGUUUCCAAUGCUGGAGCCAAUGCCAAUGGAGUAGAAGAUAUGGAGGAAUGUGGUGUAAUGGGGAGUUUAGGGAAGCAGCGGAUGAGAUGGAGUCCAGAAAUGCGUGAAUGUUUUGAGCGGGCUGUUAAUCAUCUUGGUGGCCCUGAUAGAGCCACUCCUAAAGGAAUAUUGAAGGCCAUGUCUGUGCCAGGGUUGACCAUAGCUCAUGUGAAAAGCUACCUACAGAAAUACAGGUUAUCAAAGUUUGUUCCGGAGUCUUCAGAUGCUGGAAAGCUUGCAAGCAGAAAGUUUUCAGAAAUUUUGCCAAAUUUCUCUAGCACUUCUCGAGUUCAGAUCACAGAAGCUUUACAAUUGCAUAUGGGAGGACAACUAGGACAUGCUAAUCAAGUUCAGGUCCAGAAGCACUCAAAAUUGAGGAUUGACCUCCAAGGAAGAUACCUGGAGAAAAUUACUGAUGAACAUUGUGAUUUCAGCAGUAACUGCAAACCAAAUAAGUUUUGUUAUCCUAGAAAACUAAAUCCAUUUCAGAAAUUGGUUGAAUCAAAAAUGAAUGAACAAGAAAACUAUGAGGCUAUCAGCUCUUUCUCUGGUAUCGGUUCGCCUGAAGAGGAAGUUCAAAUCUCCAACAAAAGGCCUCGUAUGACCAACUACACACACCAGAACAUCAUCAAUUAAAUGGCGGAGUGCUUGAGAAGUGGAAGGUUGACCCUACAUGAUAAAUAGAAUUAACAUUGCAAAGCAAGACAAGAGAAGUCAAGAUUGGAGCUAUUUAGUGCAUGAUGAGAUUUCUCCAAUGUAUGUCAUUGCAUACGU